AACGCGGGUGUGUGUUACUUGUGUGACAUAUGAGAGGAUCGAUAUGCAGUAAAACCAGCCCCCCGGGUUAUGGAAACACGCUAGAAAAAUAAAACAGGAGAUUGCCAUGGCAGACCCAGAGGUGUCAACACAGAGCGGGGGUUAUGAUGUGGAGCUGUUUGUGGACACUCCAGACUAUGAUCUGAUCUGCACCAUAUGCCAAGGGGUCCUCAGAUGUCCAGUAAGAGCUGCGUGCCACCACAUCUUCUGCAAGAAAUGCAUCUUGCAGUGGCUAAAAAGACAGGAGACCUGCCCCUGCUGCAGGAAGCCGGUGAACCCAAGCUUGAUCUUUGUCAUGUUCAAGCUGAGCAAAUCUAUUGGACGCCUGAAGAUCAAGUGCAAGAAUGAGAUCCGCGGCUGUGCAGAGACCUUUCCCCUCUCAGAGCAGUACUGCCACAGCAUGAGCUGUUUGUAUGAGCUAAUCCCCUGCCCCUACCAGGGCUGCAGGGUACAGCUCCUCCGCAGGGACCUCGAGACCCAUGCGCACCACUGUGAGCACUGGCGCCAGCCUUGCCACAUGGGUUGUGGGACGAUACUCUCCCAUCGAACCCAGGCUCAACACAACUGCUACAAGCAGCUGAGGCAGGAGUACGAAGCUAGGCAGAGGAAUCACAGGGCCAUUGCCACCGCCCUACAGCGGAAGAUGAGGAGGAUGCAGAGCACCAUGGCCCACAUGAAAAGGCAGAUAGGGCUUAUCUGUGAGAGUCUGGAGGUGAUGGACGAUCUGCAUGAGGUGGAAGAGGAGGACCUUGGGGAGAGUAGUGGCAGCUCCAGUGGGACUCCAAGUAGCAGCAGCAGCUGCUGAGGAAGGGAGUUAGUUGGUGGUGCUGGUUGAGCUACUGCUGUGUAUAAAUUCAGUCAGUAUGUGUUUAAUUCUUUGAAGGUGUGUGUUUUUGAGUAUAUGCAGUACUGUGAAAAAGUAUUUGCCCUCUUCCUGAUUUUAAUAGUUU